CAACUUUAUCUCCACAGUCAUGAAGGAGAUUCUGUCAGAGUUUGGUCUGCAGGGCGUCAGCCACAGUUUCACUCCCACGAAGGUUCCCAACGUUCGCUAUGAGCUCAGCGACUCGGCUCCGUCCAACCAACCGAAGAACACUGCAGCCAACGCACAGGUGUUUGUCCACAGAGACUUCAGUGCAGUCCGAGAUCAGGCCAUGAAAAUGAUCCAGACAGCCUUCACUCUGCUGGACCAGGAGUUCCAGAAGCUGGACCGAGAGAAGUCGGAGUUGUCUAAAGCUGCUGCAGCUCUGCAGAGAGACAAGGCAGCUCACGACGCUCACAGAGAACAACAGCAACAGGAGCUGCAGGAGAUGCUGGACAGGCAUCGCUCUCAGAAUGAGGCUUGGCUUCGCGCGAGAGCUGAAGAAAACGAUCGAGAGAGGAGGGAGCUCUGCAGACUCCGAGAGGAGGUGCUGCAGGAGCAGGAGAGGCUGAAGGAGGAGCAGAGCAGCAUCCAGAAACGCAGCGAACAUCUGCUCUCCAUCAUGCAGCAGUUCAAGGGAAUGUAGAUGGUUGGUGUUUACCUCGACUGUCCGCUAUGUUUCAUCUGAAAGUGGACAUCAUUAGACUUUUGGAAAAGGAAAACUCUCGAGCAGUUCCUGUGUUUCACUCAAUAAACGUAUAUUU